GACAGAGUUAAGGCUGGCUGAGGCGGGGCCUCUGGGGCUUUUCUUAUCUCCGCCUUUCGCCUCAAGAAUGAGUGUCCUUCUAAGGAAACACGGUCAGACUAGAUGGACUCCAACACAUUUUUGCGCGUAACUUAGAAUGGCUGCGAAUCUCUAGCCCGCACAUUUCAGUGGUCAAUACGACGCACUCGCCCCCCCCCCAAGAAAAAAGAGAGAACACGUGAAAAAAAAAGAAGAACCUUCAAACGUUAAUGUAGGAUUGUAGGUGGGGCCCAUUGGACACCUUAAUGAAUUCCUGGGAGGGGGAGGUUUAGCUGGCAGGAGGUCAGCACCAUACACGGAGAUCCAGGGAGAGGCGGAGAGGCGGAUUCGGGGUGUCCGGAUAAAGUCCGCCACGGAUGAGAGGGGCAUGGAGAUGCUGCGCCGCUCCUCCGUAUUCGCGGCCGAGGUGAUGGAGGUGUUCGACCGAUCUCCCACUGACAAGGAGCUGGUGUCGCAGGCCAAGGCCUUAUGCAGGGACUUCAUCCACUCCAGACUGAACCGGGCCGGGAUAGGCUGGCACAAACCCGAGCACGGACUGUCCGCGUCGGGAGGUCCCCUCGGAGAGAUAUCAUCGGUUCUUCUAUGGCUCGGUGAUGAGUUGGAGUACCUGCGCCCCAACAUUUACAGGAAUGUAGCACGACAGCUCAACAUCACGGUGGCAUCUGAGAGUGUGGUGUCUGAUGCACUCCUGGCUGUGGCUGCAGACAUAUUCUCUACAGGUGUGACAUGGGGAAAGGUGGUUUCUCUGUAUGCAGUUGCAGGGGCCCUGGCAGUGGACUGUGUGCGACACGGCCAUCCAGCCAUGGUCCAUACCAUCGUUGACUGCAUUGGGGAGUUUGUCCGCAAGAGUCUGACCUCCUGGCUGAAGCGAAGAGGGGGCUGGGUGGAUGUAACAAAAUGUGUGGUGAACACUGAUCCCAGCUUCCGCUCUCACUGGCUGGUGUCCGCUGUGUGUGCAUUUGGACACUAUCUGAAGGCAGUGGUGUCUUAUGUCCUGCGGGAAAAGUGAACGGCAUCAUCACACACUGUCUGGACUAUGGACAGAUUUUCUCCUUCACCACCAUAGUACAACAUUACUCCAUGGACGCAUCCACAGUUUUGGAUAUGUUUACACUUGCUGAAAUUUGCCCUGAAUCUGCAUUCAUGAACAAGCAUACCUUCACAGAUAUUGUGGACUCGUCUCGCCUCCUCUGCUUCAUGUGCUGGAGUGUUAAUUGUAAAAUUAUGACACACACUCAAGAUAGUGUUCAAACGUAAAAGUACUAGACAACCUAAAAGCUAUGCUAAUUACAUCCACCUCAUCUCUGGUGUCCUUACAUUCAAGUUAUAAAUUUCACAAAACCUGAACAAAAGCCUAUAUGAAAAUACUGAAAAUAUGUGACUUUUUUAGUGUGUAGAUCAUAAAUUAAGCUGAACAUGGUCCCCCACUAAUAACAGUAAUGAUUAGGGUGCACUGCUGCCAGAGGUUGAAAGCGACAGGUAUUGUGAAGUCAAGAGGACUGUGUAAUUCAACAGACUAGUGCCUGCUGGACACUGACUUGCAAAACUAACAAAGUAAAAAAAAAAAAAGUUCCUCUGCAGAGACAUUUUAGGUCUGAUGAACAAAUAAAAAAAAACUAUCUAUCUGAAUUGCCUGCCCUCCAUCUGACAGUAUUUUGGUCUAUUAAAAACUGAGUGUAAAAAUGCAACAAACAUUUCUGAUGUAAAGAAGACCAACAUGUCAUAUAAAAUGCCAGUUUAGGAGUUAGCACUGUACACUUAAUGCACCUGCGUGUGUGCUUGUUUAUGCAUUUUGUUUGUGUGUGUGUGUGUGUGUGUGUGCGUGUGCGUGUGUGUUUAUCUACAGUCAUAAGCACCAAAUGUCCUGCUAAAUAUAGUAAAGCCACAAACCAAGUACUUUGUGAGGUCAUAUCCCAAUAGGAAAGGGGUUAUUUCUGGGAAGGGGUAAGGCUGGGGUUGCAGCUGGGGCUAUCGUUAGGCUGAGGUCUAGUAUUAAAGUUAUGCAUUAGAAUUAGGUUGAGGGUUAAGGUUAGGGUAAUGGGUGAGGUUAGCGCUAGGGAAAUGGUUAAGAUUGAGGUUAAUUUUCCAGUUCGGGGUUAAAGAAAUAAGAUUUUGCCUAACGAUUUUUUUUGUCACCACAAGGAUAUAUGAACAAACGAGUAUGUAUGUAUGUAUGUAUGUAUGUAUGUAUGUAUGUAUGUAUGUAUGUAUGUAUGAGGAGAGAGAGAGAGGUUGUGUGUUUACUCACUUGCCUUUUUUGUAUUUUUUCCUGUGUGACAGUGGGUUGGUCUUGACUGUUUUUAUAUUUAUUGUAAGUGCAACUGGCAACAAUCUUUUUUUCCCUUGAGCUUAAGCACGUUGAUACGAUUUAAUGUUAUGAAUGGACUUUAUUCUGUGAAUAAUUUCAGUUACUUGGCAUGUAGCACCCAGUGUAUUAUUCGUUGACAACUGUCACUCAAUAAACGCAUCCAA